GCUGCAGCAGCAGAAGAAGAAGCGUGGCGGGAUGUAAACAGGAAGUGGACCUCUGACUGAAACAGGACGGGUUCUUUUCUGAAAGAUUUAGGAUAAACUGAUGGAGGUUCGGCUGCAGGAAGAUGACUGUUAGAACCGGAACCAGAACCCGCUGAAAGGUCCAUCAGGAGCUGCUGAUUCUGGAUGAAGUUCUGACCCAGUUGGGUUUGGGUCAGCACAGUUCUGAUUGGUACUGGUCCAGUUCACACAGGAUUUUAGGACUGAAGGAAGAGAAAAUCUUCCAGGAUCCAGAUUCUCCCGGUCCAGGUUCUGGUUCUGAUCCGGCAGUCUGGGUGGCGAUGGCGGGUCGCGGACGCGGCCGCAGAACUCUGGGUUUGGACCCGGUCGGAACCAGCAGAGGCGACUCCCUGCCUCCGGCCGUGCAGCAGCCCACACCCGUGUUCCCGGUAAUGGAGCAGAAGCCCCUCCCCUUAGCAGGUGGGGAGGAGUCAGAGUACCUGACGGCGCUGAAGCAGGACUUCAGGGUGGCCAUGAGGAGUCAGCCAUGUUUCAUCCAGCCGGCCGCCGCCCACAGAGAUGUGGAGCGAUACUCAGAUAAAUAUCACCUGAGUGACAAGAUGGACGGCCUCACUGACUGGAUCAUAGACUGGAAGAGAAUCCCCAAAGAGCUCCGGGUCCAAAUCAGGAAACCCAGAGACGGGGCGGCGCUCAGCCGCCUGGCUGCUCCACCGUCGGGACAGAAGAAGAAGAAGAAGGUUGGCGAAAAAGAGGAGGUGCUGCUCAAACUGGAGACGCUGGAGAAGAAGGAGCAGCAGGAGAGUUCUGAGGAGGAGGGCGAGGAGCAGAAGGAGGACGAGGCCGAGGCUGAGGAAGAGUAUGAUGAAGACGAGUUUGAGGAGGAGACGGACUACAUCAUGUCGUACUUCGAUAAUGGCGAGGACUUCGGAGGAGACAGUGACGACAACAUGGACGAGGCCGUCUACUAGAACUGGUUCUGGUUCCGACCCGACUGAUCCGUUUUAUCGGAGCGUUCUUAAAGUUUUUGUACAAAAACUGUUUUUAUUGUUUUUUGCUGUUGAAAAUAAACCAGUGUGAUGUU